CUGGCAAAUGGUAAAAAUAAAACUAACCUCCUAAGCUUCCUUGUACGGGAGCGGUCAGAAAAUGCCGUGUACGCACAGAAAAUUAAAGACUGCACCUUCUUUGUCACUCACGGAGACAACUGCACCAAACUUGUCGUCCCAAAUGGUUCAACUAUUGCAAGCGACGUGCCCGAACUUUGCACCAAUCAAGAGGAAGCUGACACUAGAAUGUUCCUCCACGCAGAACAUGCAUCUCAAAAUGGACACCAGCGCAUUGCCAUUAAGUCCUCUGACACAGAUGUAGAAGUACUAGCCUGCUAUUACCAAGCCGUCAUUUCUGCUGACAUAAUUCUGAUCAGUGGUACUAGUAGAAGAUCUCGCAUUGUUAGCAUUCGACGGGUAUGUGAAAGACUUGGCCGAGAAAUAUGCGAAAUACUUCCAAGUCUCCAUGCCAUAACUGGUUGCGAUAGUGUGAGCGCUUUUUCAACAAAAGGGAAGAAGAAGGCUCUUGAUGUUGUACAGAUGAAUUCAGCUUUGAGGCAAACUCUUGGCAGUCUUGGUGAGAGAGUUCCUGCUAGACAAGAUGACUUAAACAAGCUAGAACGGUUUGUCUGUGCCUUAUACAACGACCACCUAUGCCAAAGUGUAAACGAACUCAGGUACAAGUUGUUCUGCAAGAGCAAAAGCCUGCAGUCACAUCAACUUCCCCCUACGAAAGAAGCUCUUGAAAACCAUCUCAUGCGUGCUAACUACCAGUCAUUCAUCUGGAAGCAUGCCCUACAAACAGAAGUGAACCAGUCUCCUGAUGGCAGGGUUGGCAACAGAAGAAUGGCCAAUUGGAAAUCUACUGGACUAACCAGGCACCUGCCCCUCAAGCGGUCAUGGAACUUAUUUGCUGCCGCUGCAAAGGAUCGUGCCAAACACGACGCUGUUCUUGUGUCAGCAAUGGCCUUCCCUGCACGGAGGCAUGCACAUGCCAAGAUAACUGCCUUAACUGUAUUAGCAAGGAAGAUAGCGAAGAUGAUGAUAGCGAUGAUGAUACCG